AUGAAUUUUAGUAGUUUGUUCAGAGGACUAAGUAACUUCCAGUUGCCUUACAGUAUUGAAAGUACACCUUAUCAUGAAACAGCCCAAUGGCAACUCUUUGAAGCUCGUUCAAAGAAACCUGAGACAUUAGAUAAACAUGUCACUGUGUUUAGACCCAAAGAAGGAGCAGAUCGUCGUUUUAUACUCAAUGAUCUAAGAUGUGCUAAGAGGAUCCGUUUCCCUGGUUUAUGUAACGUACUAGAUGUUAUGGAUGGUAGUAACGGUACGACAAUCGAUGAGCAAACUGUAGUGUUAGAUUCUCUUCUAAUUGUAACAGAGUAUGUCAAGCCUGUUGAUGGAGAAUUAUCAUUGAGUUCUGAGGCUAUGUACAUGGGUAUUUGGGAUCUGUGUCAAGCUGUUGGAUUACUGGAAAGUAAGUUUUUUAUUGGGAAUCUAUCUGAUCGUAGUAUAUUUUAUAAUGAAUCAGGUGAAUGGGUCAUAUUUGGUUUAGAAUGUUGUAUGUUAGCAGAAGAUGCACGUCAACAACCAGAUCAAUAUAUUGCUGAGGUUCAACGAUUUACUGGUAAUCGUAUAAAGGGAACACUAGAGAAAUGGGAUAUGAUGUGUCUUGGUGAGACCUUAGAGACUUUGUUACCAAAAGUAGGAAGUAUCCCUAUAGAACUUAAAAGUAUCAUUAAUAAACAAAGAAUUAAUGGACAACUUAAUGUUUCAAAUUUUUUGAAAACUUUACAGAAUACUAAAGUAUGGAAGGAAGCAAAACAAAUUGUAGAAAGUUAUGGUCAUUUAAAAGAAUUACAUAUUGCUAAUGAUAAAGAGAAAAUGGAGACAUUGAUUCAAUUUAACAUAACUAUCCGUGAUCAUAUUACUGGGAUGAAAGAUAGUCGUAAAUGGUUACAAAGUUUCACACCUGGACUUCUUGAUAGAUUAAUCGUUCCCGAGUUAUGUUCUACGAUAACAUGGAUGUCCACUCAACAAGCAAUAUAUCAAGGAAAUAUUGUCAUAUCUUUAGCUUUAUUAUUAGAAUAUAUUAUUGCUACCAAAUGUCGUACUGUUGAGAUCGAUACUUUAUUAUGGGGGAUGUGGAGAUUAGCCGAUAGAGAAAUCAGAUGUUUAUUAUUAAUGCAUUGUCAUGGAUUUUUAAAAGAUGUUACCAAUGAUAGUUUCCAAUUCAGCGACAAAGUAUUCCCAUAUUUCUUACAAGGGUUGAUUGAUUCUGAGGAAUCCUUAAGGUUAUUAACGUUACGUAAUAUACCAUAUAUUGUUGAAUUAUUAACAGAGCGUCAAUUAAACAAUGAACUAUUACGUAGCAUUGCAAAGACUCAAGUGGAUCCGAGUGUUAAAGUACGUACAGAGACAUUACUUGUUGUAUCGCGAAUUGCCCCUCAAUUAAAGGCAUUGAGUAAUCGUGAUAGUGUCUUAGCGACGAUCUUCACCAAGUCUCUUAAGGAUCCGGAAUCCGAGACAAGAUUAGCUGCAUUGUAUGGACUUGAGCAAUGUUUGCCAUUGUUUGGCAGUGACGUGAUCGCUAAUAAGAUUAUGAGUGUGAUAGCACCGGGGUUAUUAGACAGCGACUCAGGGAUCAGAACUGCAGCAAGGACAUUAUUUGAUAAAUAUUUGAAGACAUUAGAGACUGCAGCGAUUGAGAAAUUCGGUAAUGUUAAGAGUGAGACUGAUCAAAUCGAGCCGACGCUGAAGAAGUUCGGUAGAACACAAGAGAUUGAAAUGAAAGAGAUGGAUGACAUGUGUAUUGGUUUCUUGCGUGGAUUGCACGUCUCCGUGCCAACCACCACAGACAUUCAUAGGCCUACAUUGAGAGAGAUGUCGCCGGCAACCACGGCCACAAAUAUAAUGGCGCCACCUAGUGAGAGACUUGCAAUGCCCGUGGUGUCGAUGAGAUCAGCGAAGCAAGCGAAGCAAACGACGCCUGUCACUGUUCGUCCUGCUACAACCAACGAUGUCAACGACGGUUGGGAUGAUGAUGGUGAUAAUGGCUGGGACGAUUUUAAUGACAUUGCCAGUGAUACGGACAAGACCAAGCUGCCUGCCACCAAUGCCAGCGACGACGACGACGACGACGACGACGGAUGGGAUGCGGCAGACUGGUAA